GAGUAUAUUAUUACCAAAGCAUUGCAAAACAAGCCAUUAUUGCCUUCAGUUCUUCUGCUGGAAUCCAGGCUCUUUCAUCUGAAGUAUCUAAUUAAACAGAGGAUUCCCUGAUACUAACGAGUGAGACAGGAACUGUUUCCAUCAUGUAUUACACUAUUCACUUGGCAGUUAUUUUAUUUAUUUCCACAUUAUGUAAAGCUGAAGAAGUGAAAAAUAGUGAGACAGAACCAUGGAAAGAUAUACAAGACAAAAUCAGUGACCUGUGGAUACAUUUUCUUAACGGAAAGCCAUCUCUGAGAGAUGAGGAAGGAAAUGUAUAUGCCGGAUGUGAUUUAAAGCCUAACUCUAACCUGGGAAAUGAAGAUUUAAACAUAACUGGGCAAAUCUUAUUCAAACAGGCCUAUAACAAAGGAAAGUUAGAAGGAAUCUUCUUAAUCAAUGGAUUUCCUAUUGAGACCAAUCAGACAUUUAGAGCAAUUCACAUCCACGCUUUUGGUGACCUCAGUAACAGCUGUGACUCUGUUGGUGCACACUACAAUCCUAUUGAUGUAAAUCACCCAAAUCAUCCAGGAGAUGUGGGCAAUUUCUGUACUAGGGAUGGAAAGAUCCAAAGACGCAUAACAAAUCUUGAUGCCACAGUCUUUGGCCCACACUCUGUAAUUGGAAGAUCAGUUGUGGUCCACCAAAAAGAAGAUGACCUUGGUCUGGGUGGCAAUCAGGCUAGCCUGGAAAAUGGAAAUGCAGGAAAACGUCUUGCUUGUUGUGUCAUUGGGUAUAGUACUAAAGCUAUCUGGGAAAAAAGUAUAAAAUAUUUUGUAAGCAUGAGAAGAAGUUUGAGAAGAGCAAAUGCCAAAUCUGCAGCACAAAAGUCAAAAAUACCAACCAAAGUUUAGUGUAUGCUGCACUUGAUGGUUGGAAAAUAUUUCAGUAUAUUUUUUGGUUUAUAUUUUAGCUUUUGCUAUUAUUAUUUAGGAGUUAUGAGCUCUAAUUGCACAUGUCUGCUCAUAUAACAGAUUAUUUAGUUUCUUUGUAUUUGCAAUAAAAUAAAACUGACUUAAAAUGAAUUUGGUGAUCUUUAGAGGAGCUGUGACAAUAUACAGAGCAUAUAUGCAAAUUUGGCAAACAUAGAGCAAGUUGUAAUCACAAAUGGGUGAACAGAAAUAUAUUUGAACACAUUACAGACAAAGUGGUAUACACAAGAUAUGUCAAUCUCAACUUUCUGUAUAUGAACAUAACACAGCAUGGGAGAUAAAUGUUACACAACCAAAAGUAAUAAUUGCCUAUGUUAUACUAAUCUCCCAUAUUGCUAAUUUAUAAAUUAGUAUAGGUCACAUUUAGACCAAAGCUGAACUAUACUCCAGGGCUUUCCAUUAUCAUUAAAAGCAAUGGUCAGCUAAUCUAUUUAAACUAGUAACCAGAGGAUUUUGCAAGAUCUGUAAACCUUUGCACAUAAUAUAAGAACUUUUGGAUAAAGAAGCAGGAACAUAUCUAUUUAAUCACCAUCCUAGUAAGAAAACAGCCAACCAGAUAGAAGCACAAUGGGGUUAAAACAUUUAUAUAGAACUUCAUGGGCCAGAAGAAGUGAUGUUAUUGACUUCAACAUCUCCUUCUAACCAAGUGUUCUAGCACUGCCAGUAGGCCUCCAUACUGUCCCUUGCCAGAUACCUAAUGUAAUGAACCUUUCCUUUCCCAGGCCAAGGAGGGGAAUCAGCUCCAUUCUGCAAGAAUUUAACAUAGUAACGUGUGAGAGGUUUAAUUAAAGAUACCUGCUGUUUUCCACCACUUCUCACAAUUAGUACUGAUUCUAGGUGCUGACUGCAAGAAGCCUCAUGGUCUAAGAAAGCUUUGUAAGUGAAAGAAUUCAAACUAACCACACUAGAGGUUAUGUUUCCCACAGAUUGUUGGGUUUAGCUAUGCAGUCAAUGCAGUAUAAAAUUACAAAUCUUCAACUUGCAGCAGACUGAGGGCUGCCCAGAAAUCUUAAUGCAUAUUAGUCAUACAUUUAAGGAGUCCCACUAGAUCUUUGAUGGGGAAAGGGUGUGGGGUCACCAAAUUAGCCUACCAACUUCUCAGAUUAUUUAAAACUAUCUGAUUCUCCAUUUUUAGGUCAGCUCCCCAAUAGUUUGGGAAUCAGGGUAAAUCCUCAAGGCAUAGAAGGGAAGAGAGGCUUGCUCUACUCUCCUUCAUCUUGGCAUCUCCCCUAGGAGACCUAGACAUACAUCAAAUAUUAUAGCAUAUAAUAAUGCCAACAAUUAACAAAUAUAAUAAUAUAACCUAAAUACUUAAAUCAAUACAAUCAUAGAAUGAACAUGGUACAUAAAUGGUCAGCAGUUAUAUGUCAACAAACCUAGGAACAGCUAUAUGAGUUAUCAUGUAGUCACUUAAUUAAAGGGACUGAUCAGUUUAAAAAUUGACCACAUUGGGGUCAAUUUAUUAAGGUGCGGAUGGACAUGAUACGCUGUAACGUAUCAUGUCCACCGCACAUCAAUAAAUGCUGACAGCAUACGCUGUUGGCAUUUAUCAUUGCACAAAUUCCUAAAUCUGGAAUUCCAAAAUCCAGAAUAAUUCCAAAAUCCAAACUUUUUUUUUAUUAAAAUUUUUUUUUUUUUUAAUUUCUUUAAAAAUAAAAUUAUUAAUUACCAUUAUUCACCAUUAUUCACACUAGUCACAAUGGUCUAUGCUUGCAUAUUUGGUUUGUUUAUUUUGUGUUAUAAACUGCAAAUGCUAGUCUAUAUGUUUUUUCAGGCUACAGUACAGUACACCAUCUUUCUGAUGGUGCUAUGUAUACAAAAUUAUUACAAUGAUAUAAAACUGCCUUUAGGUUGUAUGUAUUAUGUAAAUAUUGCCUAAAUGAUAUACAAUAUUGUUGUUCACACUUGGUCCUCUCCAAGCUGUCUGAUUUUAUAGUUGCAAAUAUACAGAUAUUCAGAAAUCCAAACUAUUCUGAAAUCCAAAACUUUUCCGGUCCCAAGCAGUUUGUAUAAAGGGUUUUGUACCUAUACUAAUAAAUAUAACCAGGGAGCUAAACUCAACUCCCUUAAUGUUAUCAAAAUGUUCUGAACAUAGAGCCUGAAUAGCAACAAUAAUCUAUCUGCAGGUAUUAAAUCUAGUCAUCGCUUCUUAAAUGUACUACCAUUGGGCCCUAUCAAUUGCCUUUUUGAAGUCCAAGUAGAGGGCAAGCAUGUGAAAAAAAUGUGUGUUGUAUUGUAUUUUCCGACCAUUGCCAUCCUGGGCUGAAACCAUCUGAUCCAUAUGGAGGAUCUUCUAGAAAGUCUAGUGGCCGCCAAAUUAUACAAAUUAAUGUCUAUAUUCAAUAGUGAAAGAGGGCAAUAACUACCAAACUUUUAGUCUUUCCCAAGUUGGGGAAUCACAAAGGUUGUAGCCUCUAUGAAUUCCUUAGAGAAUCUUCAUGAUGACAUUGAAUUGAUUGAAUGCCCUAAGUUAAAGGGGUACCAGCUGUGGGUCUAGCUUUUUAUAGAAAGUCCCUGUAGAUCCAUCUGGUUUAAUAGCUUUCACACGUUUAUCCUCCAAUAUUUGGUUGAUUAGAUCUUCUUCAGCUGUACUGGGAUCAUAAGAAGAUGGAGACUGUUGAGGUGUUAAUAUCAGCUACACUAGCCUCCCGGUCUACUUCUAAUCUUUUAUAUUAUAUAGUUAGUUAUAUAAAUGUGCAAAUGCAUCUCCAAUAUCAUCAGGAUGUUUACUGGGAGACCGUUAACAUUCAAACAGGAGCAAAAACUGUUUGCUUUCAACUUGUAAUAUGAGCGCUACCUUAUGUGCGCAAAAAGCUUACUUCUAGUGGAGUUAGCGCUUGACGGGAGCAUUAAAUAAUGCUCCACUUGUAAUCUGGCCCUUAGUCCACAUAUACAAAUCACAUAUCUACCAUUCUGGUCUCUUUCAACAUAAAAAGGGUCAUAGACCUGCCUAUUGCUAAUUAAUAGAUAUGCAUUCAGAUGAUUCAGAUGCUUUUGAAUGUGGAAGAAGACAGCCACUCACAGCAUUCAGCUCCUUAUGGAGCCGGAUUUAUUCUUGUGAAAGUGCACACUAAGAUCUGUGCAAGUAUAUACUGAGUUACUCUGAGAGUAACUCAGUAAGUUAGCUUGUUCCACCACAAAAUCCUCCUGUUAUUGCUCCAAAGCUUAAGUUCACUCUCCAAUAGCGGCAAUGUCAUGCCAGAUCCUUUUAUUGCCUUAGUAAUGUAUAUUCUGGACUGCAUACAGAAAUUGAGGCUGAUUGUUACACCUAUUUCCACCUUAAUCGCUGGGUUACAAUGUGCUGUACCUAUACUGUGUGUGGGUAUUGUUCUUAAUGCCCUGUCUCUCCACCUGCCGCUGAGGUAUCCCAUUAUCAGCAAGGAAAGCAAAUAGCCAGGCAUGACAAAGAACCUUGAGAUUCCCAUUGAGAAACUUUGGAUAAUUGUAAUGGAGUUAGCAAACCGUUUUGCCUAAAUGACUCUAAAAUAAGGUUAAAGAUUAUCCUUUCUAUAAGUAAGAUGCAUGGAGGGUCUGUAAGCAGUGCAGAGAUUGCAGUCCUAAUGGGAUACAGGUGUCUGAUGUUUGUUUAAACUACUUAAGCCAGCAGCCUUGCUGGUAAGAAAAAUUUCUUUAACUGUUUGACACUGUUAAGUAUUAUACGUGUUAGUUUAUGUUAAAGUUUCUAAAUAUUGUCUUUAUUUGUCUCUGAGUGAAAGAGUACUGUUUUGUGGGAAUUGACAAAUAAAAGUAUUUUACUUAAAA